AUGAAGCGUCUGCAAUCAGACGAUGAGUUCGACAUCCUCGUUGUCGGUGGUGGCUCAACAGGCGCCGGGGUUGCGCUGGAGGCUCAGCUCCGGGGGCUGAAGGUGGCGUGCGUGGAGCAGGAAGACUUCGCGUCUGGGACAUCAUCCAAAUCUACCAAGCUUCUUUGGGCAGGCUCGCGCUAUUUGGUGAAGGGCUUGGUCAAGUUUUUCUCCCCAUCCACCCUGACGAGUCCAGGUGCGGCGUGGAACGAGCUUAUGGGGACCUGGCACAUGGUUAUGGGAUGCUUCACGGAAAGGACGUACAUGCUCACCAUGAACCCUCACAUCACAAACUGGGUUCCCAUCGCGGUGCCGUUGGACAAGUGGAUCAUUUGGCCGCCACCCUUUGACUACCCGCCCGCUGCGCUUGGCCCAUGCACCGGCCUUUUUGUGAUUUUCUUCAAGUUCUACGACUUCUUGGGAAAGUACGUUGCUCCCAGCUCCUAUGUGAUGUCCUCGGAGCGAGCGCGGGCAGACUUCCCGCAGAUGGAUGGCAAGAGGAUGAAGUAUGUCUCGGUUUUCUACGAGGGGGAGCACAAUGAUGCGCGCACCAAUCUUUGCAUCGCCUUCACUGCGGCAAUGCAUGGAGCAGCUAUCGCAAACUACGCCAAGGUCGAGCGAAUCCUUUUCGAUGACAAGGGGGUGGCUCGCGGCGCGGAGGUGCUGGAUCAGGCAAAUCCGGAAGCAACACCCUUCAGCAUCAAAGCCAAAAAGGUGAUCUACUGCGGGGGUCCCUUCACCGAUGGCUUGCGACAGCUGAGUGAGGGCAAGGACGUGAAGCCUAUGGUCAACGCCUCUGGAGGUACCCACAUUGUGCUUCCGCCUUAUUAUUGCCCUCGCCACAUUGGAAUGGUGGACAUGAUGACGUCAAGAGGUUCCUUCUUGUUCUUCCUGCCGUGGGAGGGCUACACCCUGGUUGGCACGACGGACGUCAAGACGCAGCCGGAUCUUCACCACGAAGUGCCAGAGGAUGAAAUCCAAUACCUCAUCAACGAGUGCGAGAAGUAUUUGUCCAAAAACUUGCGUGUGCGCCGGAGAGACGUCAUGUCCGCAUGGUACGGAAUUCGGCCGCUGUGCGGAGAUCCCAAUGCGAAAGAUCAAAGCUCGGCAUCCCGUGACCACGUCGUCUCCCACCAUCCCACCAAUGGCAUCACCUUUGUGUCCGGCGGGAAGUGGACAACGUGGCGGGAAAUGGCGGAGGAUGGUGUCGAGCAGGUCAUUGAACGCCACCCUGAGCUCAAGAAGAAGGCUGGCCCUUCUAAGACUCUGGAAACUCCGCUGCUGGGAACUGGAAGGAGUGACGAGUUCCCGGAAGGAUAUAAUGAAAACUUGGCCGUGCAACUGUCGCAGAAGUAUGACCUCGCCUUCGACGUUGCCCAGCACCUGGUGCGAAACUAUGGCACCCGUGCAGGGCAAGUGCUGGAUUGCGUGGACAUGGAGACCGUCAAAGGUUCCAGAUCUGGCCUCUACAAGCAUUACCGUCGACUGUACGAAGGUGCAGCUGCCACUACUGGCUAUCCAUACCUGGAAGCAGAAGUGCGGUACGCUGUUACCCAAGAGUAUGCAGUGACACCGGCGGACGUCUUGGCCCGGCGAACACGGCUGGCCUUCUUAAACUCCACUGCAGCAAGGUUGUGCCUGCCUCGUGUGGUUGAGAUCAUGGCGGAGUGCCACGGCUGGUCUCCGGAGCGAGCCCUCCUGGAGCACGAGCAAGCUGAACAGGUUCUAGCAAGGGACUUUGCAGGACCCGUGCCGAACAAGCAGGGUGCGAAGCUGCGAACGGCCUGUACUGCAGAUGUCAAGGACGUUUUCGACAGCAUCGAUGUGGAGAAGAAGGGUACCCUCACUAAAGCUGGCAUUAGCAAGGCGGCUGCCGAGCUUGGAUUUCCUCUUUCCCAGACUGAGCUUCAGAAGGCAGUCAAUGAGAUGGACACAGACAAGAACGGGGAGGUGCACUUCCCGGAGUUCCUUGCAUGGUGGAACUCGUCAGAUCAGAGCAAGGAUGUGCAGAGGAAGAUUUUCAUGGGCACUCGCCGUGGAUCUAGGUGGAAGACGGUGGAGGAGUGA